AUGUCUUCAGUCUAUAUCGUUUCUACUGCUCGUACUCCAAUCGGUGCAUUUCAAGGGGGAUUAUCAUCGUUAACAUAUUCAGAUUUAGGAUCACAUGCUGUUCAUGCCGCUUUGAAGAAGGUUCCACAAAUUAAGGCAGAAGAUGUUGAAGAAAUCAUAUUUGGUGGUGUCUUACAAGCUAACGUUGGUCAAGCUCCAGCUAGGCAAGUUGCUUUAAAAGCUGGGUUACCAGAAUCGAUUGUGGCCACCACGGUUAAUAAGGUUUGUGCCUCGGGUAUGAAGUCGAUUAUUUUGGGAGCGCAAACUAUUUUGACCGGUACUGCGGAUAUCGUUGUCGCUGGUGGUGCUGAAUCUAUGUCGAACACACCAUACUACGUGCCAUCUGCUAGAGGUGGUGCCAGAUACGGUGACGCGGUUAUGGUUGAUGGGGUUCAAAAGGACGGGUUGUUGGAUGUGUAUGAAAACAAGUUGAUGGGUGUUGCUGCUGAAAAAUGUGCCAAGGACCAUAGCUUCACCAGAGACGACCAAGACAACUUCGCUAUCGGUUCAUACACCAAGGCUGCGGACGCACAAAAUGCCGGUAAGUUCGAUAACGAAAUCGCACCUGUUACCAUCCCAGGUAAGAGAGGCAAGCCAGAUGUGGUUGUCGCUAACGACGAAGAAAUUAAGAACUUCGACGAACCUAGAUUGAGAUCUGCUAGAGCUGUCUUCCAAAAGGAAAAUGGUACCGUUACUGCUCCAAAUGCAUCUUCGUUGAACGACGGUGGUGCUGCUGUUAUCUUGGUCUCUGAAAAGAAAUUGAAGGAAUUGAACUUGAAGCCUUUGGCUAAAAUUUCUGGUUGGGGUGAAGCCGCCAGAGCUCCAAUUGAUUUCACAAUUGCUCCAUCCUUGGCAAUUCCAAAGGCUUUGAAACACGCCAACCUCUCCAUGGACGAUAUUGACUUCUUUGAAUUAAACGAAGCCUUUUCAGUCGUUGGUUUAGCUAACGCUAAGAUCUGUAACAUUCCAUCUAAGAAAUUGAAUGUUUACGGUGGUGCUGUCGCCUUAGGUCACCCAUUAGGUUGUUCUGGUGCCAGAAUUGUUGUCACCUUAUUAUCAGUCUUGGCUCAAGAAGGUGGUAAAAUUGGUGUCGCCGGUGUCUGUAAUGGUGGUGGUGGUGCAUCUUCUAUCAUUAUUGAAAGAUUUGACCAUGACUCCAAAUUAUAA